AUGCAUGUCCUCCCUGUUCCACUGCCACGCCCACUGAAAUUUGACGAUAUUAAAGCAAACGAUCUGUUGCGAAAGACCGUUCACAUUUCCAUCAUGAAGGCAGUCUGCUUGGUAUUUAUCGCCUUCGCUUUUGCUACCGUAGUUUCCGCGGAGUAUUUUCUGUACACAACAUGCAAAAACCUUGUGCUUUUGGAGAACCUGGGGAAAAAGGCCGGGUCAUGUGGCGAAAAGAUGGACGAAAGUCAGAAGGAACGUUGUGAUGUAAGUACAGUAUUAGUCUGUCCGGAAAGACGCUGGGGUGAUUUUGCACUGUGAGAAAAGAAAAGGUCGCUUUGCACUGUGUUUUUUUGCAUAGUGCAAACGGUAGAACUCUUUCCGGUGACUUUGCGGACGGUCUAGCAAAAGCGCUAAAUACUGAAAUUUUUAGGGGAUCGAGGAAAUGGCAAAAUCGCCACCUUCGGAGGCUAACCUCUAUUUUGCGUUGCUUUCCGGAGUCCUUCAAUGCAAGUAUCUAAGGUGUGAAUUAACUGAGGAAUAUUGUGAAAGCAACAAGGCCAUGUUUGAUAGGGUGUGGCCACACGAAUAG